AACUUCCUCCAUCAACGAUUGUCACUUGUCACUCCUUGCUUGUCACUCGUCACUUCACUUUUCGUUCUUAUCUGGUGAUCUGCUGCCUAGAGAACUUUGCUUGGGCGCAACUUUACCUCCUCCAAUUAUGGCGCCACAGACACCGACUUCGUCUCCGAAGUCAUCCAGCUCACCUCGAUCGCCAAAGUUCUCCUGGUCUCACAAGCAUCGCCAGGCUUUGUUGGUGCUCUACACCAGCGAUAUAGACAAAGAUAACGUCGCGUCGGCUUUCAACAAACUGUUCCACGAGGAGCUCCGAACCAGAGGUUUCACAGACGGCUUGUCGAAAAGCGCCAUCAAUGCUCAGUACAGCAAAUCUUACAGGACUUCUUGUGCAGCAUGGCAGUUGGCGGAAGCCUCUCAUAAAUCUGAACUUGAAUGGGUCACCAAGAAAUUACGCUCGAUCGACAUCACAGCAAGUCCUCCAUCUGCCGCUGCUCUACCUACUGCAAGUACUGUUCGAUCUGGCCAGCCAACGCUACUCAACAACAGACGCCGACAUUCUGCUACUACUACUACUACAUCCGUCUCCGUAGUAAUUGAUGCCCCGAGAAGAAACACCAUCGCUUCGACUCAACCAUCACCGCGAAUCACAAUUGCCUCUCGGAAAGUUUUCAAGAGAUUCCCCGAAGACCUGAUCUCUACAAACAGAACUCGUACGAUGUUUGGAGAACAAGUUCCUAUUAUCCGAGCAACAGACGAAGAUCUGAUCGUAAAUAAUCCUAUCACAUCCGAGGAAGCACACUCAGCAGUACCCGAACUCCUUUUUCGAUUCUAUGACGAUGACAGCCAAGGUUGUAGGACUAAAGAUGGCUUCCUAUCAGGCUACUACGCCUACCUUACCGUUCCUCCUCCAUCCCCACCUCCUUGUACAGACGAUCGUCUGUUCGCAACUAUCCUUCACCAUCUAAACAAAGUACGAUUCUCCUCCGAGUUAAUCUCUACAACUUCCAACCUUUUCUUUGCGCUGCGGCUAGCCGCAAAGUCAAACGCGAAUCCACGCAUCUGUAUAAUUCGAGGCAGUGCGAUACCGCAGUCUAAAAUCUACCAUGCACUGCCUUUCCAUCAACGCUACAAAGCAGAGCGAAUGUUUUACAAUGGCACAUAUAUGAAUCCGUCCUCGCACGAGUAUCUGAUUUGGGCCACUCUUUCACAUACAGCAAUCCUCGCCGACUUUUCCUUCUUAGAUUUUGAAGCCACACUAGCCAGGAAUCCUAUGAUGGAAUACGUGUUCCGCAUCCAAGAAAUGAAGACAAAGAAAGGAAACACCCAUAUUCUCAAAAUUUUUAAGAAAGAAAAGCUCGGCUUGAGCAUGGGCAUUGUAGACGGACUGGCUAGAAUGAUGCCCCAACUUGGUAUCGCGGCCGGUGCUCCCGGUGCUGUGAUCGCACGUUUCGUGUCUGAGAUUAUCCGAGGCUUCAAGAUUGACCUGCUGAAGACGACGCCGCAGCGCUGGCAGAUGUUGGCUGGUGCGUUUGCAUAUGCGAUGACUGAUCAAGCCAAGUAUAGGAACGUAGACGAGGCUUGGUUGGUUCGUAUCCAAGAGGCAUUCUUAUCAGGUGCGAGGACGGGAAUUGGAGAGCUGAAUUGGCAUCUCAAUGCGCAGAAGCAGACGAGGAUGCUAAGUAAAAGUGUUCAACUAGGACUCGGCGCACCUGCGGCCAGCAACAUUGACCAGACCGCGUCGGUCAACCGUCGAGUGGACAAACAGAGAAGUCGGGCCAUCGAAUCGACCACCUACAAAGACGCACGUCUUGGAGAAGAAAAAGCAAAGAUCGACCGCCAAAGCGAUCAAGACAACAAUCAAGAGAUGGUCAAUCAAGAUGUCAGCGACGAAGACUCCCUCGACCACUCCAAUGAUACCACUAUCGAUGAAGAAGAGCUCGAAACAGAUAUCGAAGAGGGAGUACUCGUGCUGGACUCACAGCGCAAACACUCGCAGCACAGAGGCUCGCAGCGCAGGGCCUGGUACCCAAGAGAGGUGACAUCUAGAUCCAGCAAGGUCGACAAGGAUAUCAUCAUCAUCGAGGACAGUGACGACGAGGACUACAUCGUGGACAGCGACAUGGAGUACUAAAUUGUAUGAUUGGUCGACUCAAAUUGAAGGAUCAGUGGAAUGUAUGACUAGCAGCUGAAUUUGAAGGGUAUCUCUGCUCUCGAUAAAAAUAAAAAAGUACUG